UCUACUAUCUAUGGCAAUCUAUGUGACACUAUGUCUAGAUACUUCGAUUUUCCGGUCGCGCGAGAUUUUUUUUGGUUACCGGAACCGGUAGUAUUCGUGCGGCAGUAUUUAAGCCGAUAACAAUAGAGAUUUCGUUCCAGUCUGGUUUUGUCUUCAAAAUCAGACACAAAAGGAUAAUCAGAGCCCUUUGUUUGUUCAAGGAUCGGAUAUCAGUUAAUUCUUUGGAUUUAUAUCAGUGCUUUUCGAUCGUCUUCAUGGAGUUCCAGCGUGUUGAGCAUAGGGGUAAGUUGACCAUCCAUAUUUUUUUUUAUUAUUCUGAAAAGCAUAUUUUUUAAAGUCAAUCCGUGUACCUUAAUAUCUAAUCUAACUAUUUUUGUUCAUAUUAUCGCAAUAAGUGUUCCACUUUAUUAGUAAAAACGGACCCAGUGCAUCAGGUAUCUUGGCUAGAAAACGAAACUAGCCGCCAUUACUAACCAUUACUAACCGGAAAUGAUAGAUUCAAUGGUUAUCAAUGGCUGCAUAGCUUUUUUGUUAGAUCGAUUUUUUUUUAAUCCAUCAUCAAGAACAGUUUUAUUUAGUCAUCCGUGAUUUUGAAUGCAAUUUUUAAAAUUUUUAGAAUGAUUUUAAACUAGUUCAAUUAUUAUUUUUCGUUUUUAGUUAAAUUUCUUGCAAUGGCUGGUAAUAUAAUUGCGAUAAUUAUAAAAUAAUUUAUAAAUACAAAAUUUUAAGUGAUAGUUACCAUAAUAAUCACUACUAAAUAUAAGUUAUAAACAAAAUAUAACACAAAUCAAUUGAAAUAUCAUUUUAUUUCAAUGAAAAUACUUUUUCAGAUAUUAAUCUAUAGAUCUACUUUAUUCUCUAUAUGAUUUAAUUUAAGAUAAUUGUAGAAAUUUAUUUUAAAGUGAAGGCUUGGCUGGACAUGAAGUUGAGCCUUCAAUUUUACAUAAAAUGUUUUAUCCUUUUAUAAAAAAAUCUUUUAACUGUAUUUUAUUAAAAUUGUACAUGUUUUAUUUUGUUUGAAACAUUUUUUUUUUUUUCACAAUUAAAUAAAACUAACUUUUUUUUGUGACACUUUCCCCAGAUAAUGUGGGCGUGGCAGGCCUUGAUGUGGAUGUUGUCGGUGUUGAUAGGAUUGAGGAUAUGGCAGGUACCUUUAUACCUGGCAGCAUGAAGGACUUCAGGAUAUAUGUAUCGGACACUUAUUGUGUUGAUAUUUCAACUGCGGCUGUUGGAUUUGAACUGAAAUUUGGCCACAUAGAAUUUCUUCUUUACAACAACACUGUUGUGAAUGUGGCUGAUGCUGUAUUCAGUUAUUUUGCAAAAGUUGGCAUUGCAACAACCAAGGCUACUGUUAUCAAUAAGGUUCGAAGGCAUAUGUCCGAGAUGAAGAAUUUUUCCAGGAAGAUUACCCGCAGCUGGCACCUAGUUGCACCUUACCUGGAUAAAAAUUUUUCUAUCGAUGCUGCUGGCAAAAAGAGACCUGUCCAAGACAGCACUGAACGACCUAGUAUGGUGAAGAAGUUGCGACCUGACGGUGAUGUUGAGGCCACUGAAAGGCCAGGUAACACAGAACGACACUGUGCUCGUUGUUGCACACAACUACAGCAUUUUGUAGCUCACAGUGCCAGUUUGUCCGAAAAACUGCUUGUCAGCAGAAAAGCAGUUCGUCUUUUAAGGAAGCGCUUCAACACCAGAAGAGUCAAUCAGGAGCUUGGUAGGAAAUCUACACUGAUAACAUCUUAUCGUCAAGUGAAAGCUACCCUGAAGAGUGAAAAUGAACGCCUGAGUGAAGAGAAUCGUCAGAUGAGUUUGAAACUGAAGAAGGCAGCAGCUGAACUUUCUAAGUGGAAAAGAAUUGCUAAGAGAAGAUCAGAGCAGAGAAACCUUUUGAAGGACAGAAUUCAGGCGUUAAAGUUAUCUUUGGAGGAAGGCAAGGUGCGGAUAGAUGAACUUGGGGAGAUGCUGACUGAUAGCUAUUCCAGCCAUUCUACUCAGAGCAUCCGCCUGGCAGGAAAGUAUGAUGCCCCAUUUCGUAAGUGUCUCUAUGCUUGUUUGGAGAGUCAAGUGCCAGUAGAAAAAGCAGGGCUUCUUGUCAGGUACAUUUUAAAUGAACUGACACACAUUUCAAUUGUGAAGAUUCCUGCUCCAUCUACUACUGCACAGAUGGCUUAUGAGAUGGGCAUCAUAUCCGAUUUGCAGUUGGCGGAGGCUUUGUAUACAGCACCAUCGCUGAUAGCAACAUUGGCUUGGGAUGCCACAACUAUUGAUGGCUCGCAUUUUAAUGAAGUAAAUUUAUCAUUUGGUGGGAAAACAUUUACACUAGAGAUAGGUAAACUUGGGGGUGGGUCUACACUAGAUUACUUUGAGCACAUUGUAGGCAUUAUUAGAAAUUUAGGGACAACAUACUCCACAUAUUCAGGCAUACAACAACAUCUAAUACUGUACAAAUUUAGGGAAAUGCUUCAGACAACACUUACAGAUAGGGCCCCCGUCAAUAGUUGUGUUAGCCAGCAACUCAGUCAGCUCUUUGCUAAAGAUUUGUUAGUCUUGCACUGUAACCUUCACCCACUUGAUGGCUUGGCGAGUGAAGCAAAGAAAGUGCUCAGAAGGUUCGAUGCAAAGUAUUCAGUGAAUAGCAACACUUUCGGCAAGGAAGGGAAAGCUGCUAACUUGAUUCAAGCAGUUUCAAAACUGAGACACAAGGCAUCAACGGGUGAUCCAUCUAGCUUCAAGGCUUUUCUAAGACUCUCAGAUCUGAAAGUUGGAGUGAUUGUCAGAUAUGUGGGGAACAGACUUCACAUCCUGUUCCACUCUGCUGGUGUUAUCAUUCGGCUAAAGAAUCUGUUGCUGCGGUACUUGCAAAGAUACUGCAAUGAGACCAGUUUUCGGCUGUCGUUGAUUCAAGACUUGCAGCAACCAAACAUUCUUGUUCAGCUGAGAGUCUUAGGGCUUUUUGGCAAGAUGUUGACUGGACCGUGGAUGACACUGAUCUACAAAAAUGAGAGAAAGAUGAAACAUCUGGAAAUGAUCCCUCAUGUGAAGGUCUGCAUUGACAAACUAAACUAUUGUGGAUUCUCCAGAGAAUCUCCUCUCAAUGCCAACUGAUUGCUUUGGUCAGACUCUGGAUACUGAAGAUUUCGUUUUGAGAGCCCUGAGAAAUGUGACUGUUGAUGAAGUAUUUAUCGAGAUCACAAAAGAACUUGCUGAAGGUUUUUGUAAGGUGCUACAGAGACAGCUAUCUAGCUAUCUGGAUGGCUCCCUUUCAAAUCCUGAUGUAGAGACUGUGAUAAGGACAUCUGAAGCUCCUCUUCACAACAUGCACAGUGAAAGGGCUCUUGGAAUGUUUGAUUUCCAGUAUCACAGGGCUCACAAUGCAACAGUUGGUUUUAGAGAUGGCAAAGUCAAGUUUGUCAUCAACAAGACGAUGUCCUGGUUGGAGACUAAGUCAGUUGAGGAACAGCAGAGAAUUGUUUCCUUUGCGCGUCGAUUUGCUGCCAAGAGACGAGAAGAACUGACAGCUCGGGAGAAACAGAUCUCAGUUGCUUUGAGAGAGAGGCUGAUGAUGAUGGCACAGCAAAGGGAUAAGAAACAACGUUCUCAGCUAGAGAAGGCUAUCAGAAAUGGCACAGAAGACCUCAGCAAGAUCCCCCCAGAGAGGAAGGCCUACUGUGAUCUGAUUCUGGCAAAGUCUCCAACCCUGAUUGGCAAGACCCUUCAUCAUGUAUGGACAAAUAACCAGGUGGAUACAGUUUUCAAAGGAGAAGUGACAAACUUUCAGGGAAGUAACAUUUUUAUUUUAUACACUUCAGAAACUGAAGCUACUGAGUUAUCUGUCUAUGAGCUUGUUGCAGAUAUUAUUCUAGGAGAUGCCAGUUUUGUGACUGAUUAGAUAAUAAUGUAUAUAUAUGCUAAUGUAGACUCAUGAUUAACUUUUUUUUAUGUGACAGAGCUGUGCUGUACAGUACAUUUGGCAUUGGUCCGAUGAGAGCAAGAAUUCUUACUCUGCAAGCCUAUGGAUAAUCAAAUGCCUAAUCGGGGAAGUAACUUUAUUUUUUCAAUUUAAUCAUUUUUUUAAAAUGUAUAUAUAUAAUUAAGUUUACUUCAUACUAGAAAUGCCUUAUCCACUCAUGUACACAUCUAUUAACCGUCAUUGUUCAGUACCUAACAGAACUUAUGUUAAAAUAGAAAUGAAAUUGAGCCUCAGUGGGCAAAGUAUGAAACAAUUUCAUAUUUUCCAGAUUUUAUAUUUACCAUACUGGUACGCAAAGAUGAAGUGGGUCAUUUCUUGUUACUUUUGUCCCUGAUCUGUUGAGGGGACAUACCAGUACUUGUGUUCACUUAAUCUUUUUAUAGAUUACAAUCCAUAGAAAAGAAUAAUUAGACCAAAAUGUUAGCCUUUUCCGAUUUUCAUUAAUCAGAUAUUUAUAACUAUUGAUAAGUUUUGUCUAGUUGUGGAUUUUUUUUGGGGUGAUAUUUACAUUAAGUUGAAGUUAAUUGUGUCAAUUACUUUUGUCCCUAAUCUGCAAUGUAGUGAGGGGACUGGUAGGUCAUAUUUGCUUCAUCUUUUAAAAUUAUAAACAGUCCUUCAAUUGAUAAUUUCCAACAACAAACAAAUUCAUUAUGUGCUUACCCAUCAAAUCUACUUUAUAAAGUGGAAUGUGAGGUGUAUGUAUGUAUGUAUGUAUGUAUGUAUGUAUGUAUGUGACGAAUAGAAAACAAAACCGCUUGACCAAUUUUAAGGAAACAUGUUGCAUAUCUGGGAUGUUAUUUAUUUAAUAUUUAUUUAAUGUGAAAAAUAUU